UAACCGUCAUUUUAAAUCGAAACAACCGGUGCGACCGGAGCCACGUAAAGAAUUGCAUCUGGAAGCUGGUAAUGGCCGGCAGUGUUCGGCGUGAUCAGGCGGGAUUCGCACGUUUUCCCUCGCAAUAAGCGGGGCAUAGGUCGUAAGCAGGAGGAUCACGAAUAGGAAAGAUACGGAAAGGUCAAGCAGGCUACAACAAUCGUCGUGGCUCCUUAUCGUGCGAGUUCCUCAGACGACUUGCGCGACUCGGUGAUAAUCUCGCGGAAAGACGUUCUUCGGUUCUGUUGAUUUGAGAUACGUUACGGCAACAUGUCCUUCUCCAAGGCAAGGAUACAACGGUUCAACGAACUUGGAAGUGAAGCACCCCCGCCAGGCGCCUAUGAUCCGAAAUUUGAAAAGAAAGUAAAAGGACUUGUUAUUGAGAAAUCUGAUAGGUUUAUGGAUACUAGGAGUACGUGCAGUGCAGAAUGGAAUUCAUCGAUUACAUCAGGAAAGAGCUCUGGAAUUGCAUCAACUCCUGUUUUUCGUAUACCUCAAUUGCCGCGAAAACAAUUAAUAAUGAAAGCGGCGGGACCGGCCAAAACACAAGGCCAAACAUCUAUAGUCAGAAAUCAGAACAUGAAAUACGAAUCUACUCAGCAACUUGCGGAUCUUCAAGUAGAGUGUCUCAAUAAGGAUAAGACUAUACAGGAACACGAGAGGCACAUUGAAGAGAUGAAGGACGAUGUGCGGAAAUUAGAAGCCGAGCUGGAGAAGCUGCAUAAGAAACAAAUUGAAACGGAGGAACAGCACGCGAAGGAUAUCGAGACAAUGGCUAAGCUACAACAGGAGAUAAUGAAUAAUCAUGACAACAAGCAUGAAGUGGAAAUGAAGUUACUUCGCUCUCAACUGUUAGAAGUAUCAGAAGAAAAGGAGCAAGAGAUUUCAGUUCGAAAACUAAUGGAAACGGAACUUAGAAAUCGUGCGGCCGAACUAGUCAAAAGAAUUGGCACAUUGGAGGCUGAAUUAUGUGCUGAAAAGGAAGAGAACAAAAUACGGAUUCAAUGUCUCGAAGCACGUAUUGAAGAACUCCUGAACACGUUGAAGAAAGUAGAGUGCGAUCGUGACACCGAGAUUGGAUUAUUACAACAGGAAAAAUGUCAGCUCGACAUUCGUGUCACCGAUUUAACUCAAGAGCGGUCUAAUCUCGAAGCGAAGUUGGAAACAAGACAGAACGUCAUUUUAGAUUUGCAGGCUCAGUUGUCUGCCCUGCAGUGUGAAUUGGAUGAACUUAAAGCGGAAUACGAGAAGCUUGUCGAUAAUUCCAAUAAACAAAUGUCCGAUCUCACUGACCAACAUGAAAAGGAAAUGCAACAUUUGCGAGACAUCUUUCUGAUGGAAAAGAAUGAAUUGCUUACGGAAAAUGACACUCGUAAGAUGCUUGAAUUGAGAGCGGAAACGAGGGCGAAUGAUAUAGAAGAAACAAACUCUUUUCUUACGGAGGAAUUAGAGGAUCUUCAGAGGUUAUAUAAAGAUGUAAGUCAGCGUUUGCAUGAUGCUCAAAAAGAGCUAGAAUCGUCGAACGAACGACAUAACAUUGUGAUAGAAAAAUAUAAGAAAGAUCUGGAUAAUAUAAAAAAUCUACAUUCUGAAGAAAACUUAAUUUUAGAGCAACAGUUGAAAGAUACUAAGGAAACGUAUCUGAGAGAGUUGGAAAAUGUUACUGUAACAAAGGGCAAAGAAAUGGAUGAAUUAAAGCAAGCGACUACCAAGAAGAUCGAAGAGGAGACCCAAAAGGCGACGGAACAUGCUCAGAAAAUGAUCGAAAAUGCGGAAUCUGUUACGAGGGAAACAUUGGCAGCGUGUCGCUACGAGAGUGAGGAACGCGUGAAGAGAAUUAUUGUUGAAUGCGACGCGAAAGUAAGCGGAUCACACGUCAAUGCUAUGAUCAAAGACGCGCAAAGCAUCGUAAAGGAGGAGAUGCGACUUACCAAUGAAAGAUACGAGACAUGCUUGGCGCGUAUGGAAGAAGAGCGUGUUACAUUAGAGGAGAAAAUUUCGCAGAGAGACGCUGAAAUCGUCAAGUUCUCCGCGGCACUCGAGGAGUUAAGAUCGUCCGCAGAAACUCAGGAAAUCUUUAGUCAAAGUUUGCAAGUUGAGUUGGAUAGGGCGGAAACUGAACUGGCGGAGAAGAAGGAAGAAUUGAGAGGUUUAAAGGAUCUGUUAAGAAAAGAAGCAGCCGAAAUGGUUGCCAAGAGGAGAAGAUUCGAAGUAAUAAUGACGGAGAAUCAAGCAUCUGUUAUGGCACUUACCGAUCGCUUGGCACAGAGCAAUGCCGAAGUGGAAAGGUUACAGUGUGAAGUAAAACGUAGUGAAGAUUGCAUACAGGAGCACAGAGAUUUGCUUAAUGUAAUGCGUAAUAACUCGCAAAUGGUGCAUAAAGAAGUUGAAGCCUGCCUACAAGAACUAGCCACUUACAGAGACAUGAUUGGUGAACUAGAAGCCAAUAAUAUGUCCAAUUAUGAUACGAUAAGGAACCUAUGUGAGACAAAAAUCGAGACUAUCAAAAGUGAAGCGACCAAAGAAUUUACAAAACUUAAAAAUGACAUUAAGCAAAAGUCUCUCCAAAACGACGAGCUGAAGAAACAACUUGAUGAAAUGGCUAAGAGUCUCGGUGAAGCACAGAAUCUGUUACUCAAAUUAGAAGAACGAAACGACGUUCAAGCGGUAGACAUUUCACGAAUGGAGCUGGCAAAUAGCAAACUGCAGGAACAGUUGAAGAGUCGAGAAAAAGCGUUAGAAGAAAGUAAUCGAUUGGUUGAAACUCUAGCAACUCAACACAAAGCGGCUAUUGAUGAGGCCAAUUCUCGGAUAGAGGAGCUUUCGGAAACAAUUAAACAGCUCGAAAAAAGGGAAAACUCUUUAAAGGAGACUACAUUAUCGUUCGACAAAGCACGAAUUGACUGGAAGUGUUUGGAAAACGCGUUUAAACAGCAACUCGAGGAAGAAAGAGCGCAACGCGAAGAAGCUGAAGAAGAGACGAAAAGAAUUACCGAGAUUCAUAAUCGUUUCAAAGAAGAUUACGAGGAAGUUAGCGCGAAGUACGCUGAAGUCAUCGGCCACCAGAACCCCAAACAACGGAUCAAACACGUAACUCAGCUGAAAAACAAGAUCUACCAAUUAGAACAGGAUUUACAUACCAAGACCAAAUUAGUCGAACAGCAACAAAAGACCAUAGAAAAAUUGAAAGUGGAGGAAAAGCGAUCGCAAUGGAAAGGCAAGGAGAACGUGGGAAUGGUACACUCGACUCCCAUCUCUUCGCCACAUAAGAACACAUCGACGCCGUUAAGAAGUCGAAAUGAUUAAUUUUAAGUAGUAGAUAUAUGUAUAACCCAAAUAGAGAGUUUUCUUAAGGUGUCAAUCAACAUUAUAAAUAUCGGAAUCUCGCGAUUCGAAUAAUUUCUUGACGGAAGAAAUAGAAAAAUAUUCAUCGCGAUAAUAUUAAUAUUAAUGUCGCUCAUAUCGUUAUGAAAAAGAAAAUAUGACUUUAAAAGAUGUAUAUUUCUUUUAUAAAAGUUAUAAGGUAUUAUUGUUAAUACUUGCUGUUAAUUUUGCCAUUUUGUAUUUCAAACUUGGAUGAAAGUAAAGGAAGCUCGUUUUAGCGGAAUAUUUUUGAUAUUAUAAAGCAUGAAAUAAAUUUUAAUAUAUUUUGUCUUUAAAAAUUUCUAUCAUAAUGCGAUAUUAUUAUAAUUAUUAUAUAUACCCGGUCUCUUUUUACACGGUGGAUGCAUACCGUGCAAAAAAGUGUAAAAAUUGAUUUGUAAUAAAGUAUAAAAGUUGUGUUAAAGUAACGCAAAUUAUACAAAAGCAAUUUAAAAUAUAGAAAUGCAUUCAUUAAAAACAUUUUAUUGUACAGCAUGCUAUUUAAGAAAAGAAAAGAUUUGAAAUAUUCGUACAGGAUACGCAUGAUUUGUAAAAGUAAGUAAAACGCAUGAAAAAAAACGUAAUUGUGAAUCGUGUGCAAGAAAUACCGCAUAAAAAGAGACCCUGGUGUACAGUAUUCUAAGAGAAUUAAUUGUAUGAACUGACUAUUAUUAAUACAAAGACUUAUUGUAGUAUGUAUCUUAUAUCACGGCUUCAUUUUUCUAAAAUCUUAAAAAAGGAUUGAUAUGACAUAACUGUAUGAAUUUUAUAUGGACAUUCACAAAUGUACAUUUUAUUUUAUCUACUACAGUUUCAUGAAAAGGAAAAGUUGAUUUCGAGUAUACGUUUAAACAAAUACUAAAUUAUGCUGCGAAGAGAGAGUGAAUUGUAUGAGUAAGGUAUAAAAUUGAUCAUUAAUAAUGUAAAAAUUUUGAUUAUUAAGUGGUUAAUGCAAUCGAACGAGAGAAAGUGUAAUACGUGAAUAAUGAUUGAUAUAAUACACAUUAAUAUAAAAACAAACAAAAUCCGUAUAUACGUGUGCGAUGCGUUAAUUGUAAUUUUUUAUGCAGCAAUGUACCACUUGGAAGAUGUCACAACGAAACCCGUUUGAAUUAUUAACAACUCGUUCAC